AUGUCGCCCAAGGUUGACAUCUGGGCCAUACGAACGAACGCAGAAGACGGUCACAGCUUCCCAAGCCGUUAUCCCUUUGAUGUGGCGUCCGCCAAUGACUCCACGGAUGAGACUGCUCUAUUCGACCGGAAAUCGCGCAAAGAGGAGAGUCAGCAUCUUCCAAAUAUGGGGGCCGUGCCCUCUCCACCUCUCAAUGGGUCCCUGACUGUCUCCUUGCCAUUUUUGACAUUCCUAUUCGUUCCUUUCACUGCUUUCGAGUUCCGAUUUGCUAAAGGAUAUGACAAAAUGUUUUCCGUGUCCUCACGUGCGAAUUUCGACGACACGGCGGCACAGCUUGAACAAUGGCGAUCACCUCUUUCAACCGUCUUGCCAUUACAUGGUCACUGCUCUCCCUUGCAACCAAUGUUAGCGGCGUCGCAGCUAAGGGUAGAGGGGGUGGUGGAGGCAGUAGCGGAACAUGCUACGAUGACCAAGGAUAUGUCACCUCAUGUAGUCAAACCAAUGUUGGUGUUAUCGUUGGAGUCGUCGUCGGUUGGCUGGACUCCCUCUACUGGUGCCGCCGCAAUCGUCACUGGUACUCCAGCAGAGAAGGCCGCCACCACUCCAUACAAUAUUGGUACGGGUGCUACUGGUAGACAAAAUGACUUGCAAGCCUAUGCUGUCGGCGAUGGUGUUGUCGCUCUCACAUCACGACCAACAUCAGGUACAGGGAAUGAUACUGAGAUCGUGGCUAUCAUGGUCUAUCCAGCUAACACGUAUUCUCCUCCCAAUACAUACACCCCGUACGCGAGUAACAAUCCAUAUGCGGUCUAUGCGCCUCCAACUGGACCUCCCACUGGCUAUACUACAUCAUCCCCACCCGCUCCUCCGUUCAAACAGCCACCUUCUUACUAA